AUGCUAUAUCGCACAGCGUUUUUAUCUGCUACGAGUUCAUCGUUUAUGAGAGUCAAAUCAUUUGUAAGCCCUUUGACACAGCGACGUCGUAAAAACCCCAUAGAAUUACAAGAAGCAGGAAAACAUAUGAGAGAUGCAAUGAUUACUUUAAAUAAAGUUCUACAAAAACAAGAAGUGCCAGAAGAUGAUUGCGACCGA